GAAAUGUCAAACAUUUACCGUUGAAGCUUCCUCUCAAGUUCAACAUGAAUCUGCUGCCAGUGCUAGUGUCGAUGUGCAUGAUUUACCGGGGGGCAGAUGGCGCUGAGAUAUGCAGCGUGCUUUACCCUGGAUCUUCCUGCCAGCAACAAUGUCCAGGGCCGUCUGUAACAAAGGAUCAGGGGUUCCCAUACUGCUACUCCGGGGCGUUCUGCUGUGAGACAGCAGCGACAACAACACCUCCAACGACAACCACACCUGAACCUGUUACCACAGCAAUUCAACCAUCAAGAGUUUGUGGAUUUGAUGCCUUACCUAUGACCCCAAGGGUUUUGAACACUCAUCCAUUAAGUCCGGAUGAUUUCUCAUGUGCUUGGCCCUGGAUGGUCCAUGUACUCCUGGGCCGAGGGGGCAGCAUCCAGCCCCUGUGUAGCGGCGUCCUGGUCUCCAAGCAGCAUUUCAUCACCCUAAGAUCCUUCGUGGAGCCCGUAAUUGGCGCAAGCCUUCAACUGUACGCCGCCGUUGGAAUUUGCAACAUCACUGGUCUUCAUUCUACCACAGCGUUCCCAUCAGGGACACUGAAAAGGGUCGACAUCGAUAUGACCACGUAUGAUGCGGGGAAUCUCGACCUUGUCGUUGCUAAACUGGUAGAUGAAGUCGAAGACUACAGCAUCCAAGUGCUCCCUGCUUGUCUGCCGGAUGAAAGUACCGUAGUGAAUGAAAACCAAUGUUUCAUGGCAGGAGCGUCAGAUGGAGCGAUGGGUGCUGGACGAGUGACUGUGUUUAAUCCCGCAGUAUGUACAGCUGUCAACAGCAUCGACUUUGGCAGAAAUAUGCCGCAGCCUGAAGGAACCUUCUGUACCAACGUGGGUAGUGAUAAUGUUCACGCGUGCGAGGGAGAUGAGGGUGGCAUGGUGAUGUGUCAAGAUGAGGAAGAUCGCUGGGUACUUAAGGGAAUCAUACAGAACGGUACAUGCAAUGGGGCCAGGCGUGGUACAAAUACGAUCAUUGAUAUUGAAGAAAUCAGCAGUGAUUUGAUCAGCAACGUAUUUCCAUAGUACCAUGUAUCCGCGUGGGAUCCCAGCAGGGGAUGGACUCAGAUGUUCGACAAGACUCGACUGGACAAUCCUUUUGUAUUACCGUUUUGUGUCACCGAAAUGUGACACGUGGUCAAAUUAAAUAAUUCCAUCAAUUGUGAUUAAUAAAAUGCACUUUGGCUUGGAAUGAUA